UCAAUCUUUUAUAUGUUAUCUGGAGUUAGAGAUUGUUUAGAAAUUAUUUAAAAUAAAACAUAGAGAUAACUUUUUUAAUUAAAAUAUUUUAUUAUGCGUGUUGCAAUGAUGGCUCCAUCAUCUGUGUUUUACCAUUUCAAAAAAAAUUAGUUUAAUAAUUAUAGGCAAGUCAUGAAACCACAAUGUUAUUGUUUUGGCUCCUUAUUUUUAUUUUUAAAAUCAAAUCUUCAAAAGUGCAAAACAUUAAUAGAAGAAGCUGUAAUGAAAUACGACACCAAUUUGCGAUAAAAGAAAUUGGCUUCGAAGAUCUUCUUCAAAAAAUUAAAACGUGCAGUGAAGGUAAAAACUUUGUGCAAAACAUAGACAACACAAGCCAGUUAAGAAAGAGAACACAACUUCCAUUAUCAACUUUAGAUUAUGAGAUAACUUAUACUGACUAUUUAGUACCAAUAAUAAAAACAGAUCAACCACUUUUAGCAAAAAAAAUCUUAAACUCAAGGGAAAACGAAAAAAAUUAUUUAGAGCCAAAUAACCAAAAAUUAGCAGUUAACUUAGUAGAUGAUUCCUCUAACUUGUUGAUGCCAUUUAAAAGUAAUCUUAUUGCACAACGCAUCAUAGUUCCAACUUUAAAACCUAUUCGGAAAAAUAUUUUUUUGCCAACAUUUCGCCAAUACAUCACUCGUUCACUAUUAACACCGCAAAAAUACAUAAGAUUAAAUGACAUUGAGCAAACCAGUUCAGCUGCUAAGAAGUCUACUAGAUAUCUUAAUACGCUCGACUCAAAAAGUCUACCGGUAGAACCCAAUAAUUUGGAAAAGCAAGCUAAAGAAGCUUAUGAACAAAUUCAACGCGUACUUGAAGAAAAUCCAAAUUUAACAUUGCCGCCUCCUGUAAGUUUAAGUUUGAAACCUACAAGAAAGAGCCAUACAAUAAACCUCUCAUGGGGUUUAUCAUAUUUAAAACAUAAACCAACAACACCUUCGCAAGUUUUUUUUCCUACUACUUUAGAAGUUGUUAAAGGAAUUUUCACGUACCGCCCAUCGCCAACAGAUUUAUCUUUUCAUACUGAUAACAACGUUUAUACAAAAAAAAGUUUAUGGCACCUUGGAAGUUACUCAAAUAAUCUUAUAACAACAAACAGCCCUAUUGACAACUCUCAGAUAGAUCAAUCAGUGUCGUGGAAAGAUUAUUUUCAGUUUGAAAACAUAUUAAAACAAAUGGGAUACGAUAAGAAAAAUACCCAAGUAUUAGAUGACGAUAAACUAAACAGUCAAGAAUUCAAUAACCAAAACCUUAAUGAUCAAGAACUCAAUAAUCAAUACCUAGAUAACCAAAAUGUAAACAUUCAAGAGCCAAAAAAUGAAAAUCUAAUCAUUCAAAAACUAAGUAACCAAGAAUUAGACAACCAAGAUAUUGAUACUUUAAACAAACAAAGUACAAAUUUUAACAAUUUUAAAUUGAUUAAAUCAAAUAAUGCUGAUAAAAGAACAAAAGUUAAAUCCUUAAUAAAUCCUUAUUUAACUGUAAAAUCGCAAUAUAGCUCUCCAGUUAGCGUAUCUUAUAGCUUUAAAAAACUCGCAAGGCCAUCUUUAUCAUUGUAUCCAGAAUUUGUAUCCUCUAUUAAUUCUAAAAUUACAGCAAACAAAGUCGAUUCUUUAAUACACGACGAUUUAAGCGAUGAAGUUUCGCAAAUUAAAAAAAAAAAUCCGUAUUAUUCUCAAAUACUACUUUCUAAUAUAAUUCCAACGAAUAGUUUUAAAGGUGUUUUAACUAGAUCACAUAUCACAGACGAACAUGAUACAACAGCAGGAAAAAAAAAUAUUUCAAACGCGGAUAUUAAAAUUAUUCCUGUGAGAGAUGACAACAUAGAAAACAAGUUCACUAACUUUGAUUUUUUAAAAGUUUCUAACCAAUCAAAAAACAUAAAAGUGCAAAUGAAAAAUAAUGCAACGGUUGAAUCACUUUCUAACCGUAACCAAACUCAAAAUCUUUUUUAUUAUAACAAGAACAUGAGAUAUAUUGUUACGACUAAAAGCAGAAAUAAAAAUCCAUCCAUUUUUUCCACAAAUAAUCGCAAAGCUGUUGUAUCAACAUCCAACAAAAAUAAUGAAACAAUUCGCAACUUGACAAAGAGUUACAAUAAUGACAAAAACAAUGAAAUCAUUAAAACUAAGUACAAUUUUACUCAAAAAAUUUUAUUCAAUGACUUUAAAAAUGUUGAUAAUAAUAAUCCCCCUAAAAAAGAAGAAAGUGUUAAUUUGUUCCAUGUAGAUAACGAAAAAAAAUCCGGUAACAACUCGAAAGAAAAGCAAGGUCAUUUAAAAAAUGAUUAUUCACAAAGAUAUCUAAAAAACGCUAACUCAUCAGCACAUUUUGCCAAAAAGUCAUUAUAUUCUAACAUAACGCCUCCAUAUUUUAACAUAAAACCGAUGGAAAGAGGGUUUAAUAGAAAAAAAACUAAAAAUAAUGAAAUUAAAAAAAAACAAUUUUACGACCAAAUGAUGCAAGAAAAUGAUGAAGAUUUUAACGAACAAGAUCAUUACGAUAUAAAAAAUGCAUUCGAAAUACAAAUUAACGAAAACAAACAAGACAAUAAUAAACAAUACUCUAAUGACUUCAUUAAUACAAACUCUGUAAAAGAUCUACUUGAUAUCAAGUACGCACAAAUCGAAAAUAAAUUAGUUAACGACUUAAAAUUGAGACAGGCCGUAUUACAAAAACUUGAGCAAGAUUCAAUAAUACUCGAACAGGAAGAACAUAAAAAGGAAAAAUUGCUUAAAGAAUCUUAUGGAAAACCGGUGAGUUUAUCAACACUUAAUGAGAUAUUUAGAGAAAUCAACGAAGAAACAAAUAAAAUGUCGAAUGAGUCAAAACUUGUACAUGACCGAACGCAGAUAUUUCAGGAAAAUAAUUUAAUUUUACUUGAACCAAUAAAAGAAGAAUUAAACGACCGAGUUAAAAAAGUUUUGUCUCCUACCAGCAAAAGAAACACAAUUGAAAAGUUAGAACCAUCGAGACUCGAAAAAAAAUCUCACUUUACAGUAAAUCGUUCUAAAUACGAAUCUACUUCUGUCGAAGUUAAAACCGAUAAUAAAUGCACACAAAAAGAAAAUCAGAAAGUAAAGCUUCAAAAUAAAAACAACUAUAAUCAUCAAAACAAGACGGAACUUUUUUUUGAAAAACUUCUUAAAUCAUGCACGUUAAAAAUAAAUAAUAGGAGAAAUUCAAAAGACGUUUUGAGAAAGCUGUUGACAAGCGUUUAUUUGCCAGGUCGUAGCACAAUUAAAAAAUCUAAGUUUUUUAAAAAAAAAUCAUUUGAUUUGCUGUCUAAAGAUUAUAAUUCUAUAAAAAAUAAGGAUGCGUUUACAAAUCAGUCAAACAAUGACAAUCAACUUUUUAAAAAGAAUAUGAUGCACGAAAGUUUUCAAAACCGCCAUAAAAUUCUGCAAGACUUUUUUUCGUUAUCCCAUUCAAAUGUUUCUAUUAAUAACCGUUUAAAUGAAAAUAAAAGACUCUUGAAAAAUUUUAGUAAUGUCUUGAAUAUAUUUUACAAACGUAAACCUAACUUUUUUAGAAAUAGUGCUGCCAAAGGUUUUGCCAGAUUUCUCAAAGAAAAAGAAAGUAAUUGUAAAAGUGGCAUGAAAAAAGACACUGAAAUACACAAAAAACUAAAAAGUAAACAUCCUCAGCUAACUCUUGAUGUUCAAAAAAAUAAACAGCGAACGUUUAAACAAAGACAAAAGCACAAAGCUACAAACAAAAAAACUUUUUUUAAUCUUUUAAGGUUAGAGUUUGGUGUACAUAAUGGAAAUUCAGCUAAACUCUGAGUUCGCUGAGAUGAUAACCAGUUAGCUGCUCUUUCGUUAAUUGACGUAUUUGUUAACUAAAAAUUAUCGGGUUUUAUCCAGAACAAAAUGUUUCCUCAAUUUUAUACACAUUUUUGAAACGUAUGCGCUAAAGAACUUCUAACACUACCUAAGAAAUUGGCACAGAAGGUUUUAUAUAUGUAUAUAAUAUACAGACAAAAAAAGCUGCGAUAAAUUUCAUAACAAGAAACAUUAUUAGCAUAAACAACACAAAAAUGUACAAAUGAAAGAAACAAUUAGUCCAAUUGGAUUAAUUUAAACAAUUAAAACACUUUGUUACAUAAUGACCCAUUUAACUCAAUGUCCUUAACUGGAAAACUAUUUUGUAAAUACUUUUCAAAACUUUUUUGAAGCUUUCGAAAGGGCUAUGAAAUGCUCUAGGUGGUGUUGUACCGCCUAUUAUAUAUUAUAUAAUAAAAAACCACUUUAAAACACAUCUUUUUGAGUAA